AUGAUGAAUAAAAAAUCAAUACAAAGUGAAACCUUUUUAUCUGAAAGAAACUAUGAAAGUAUAGAUAAAAAUAUGAUGACUAAAAAUAAAAGAAGAUUAAUGAAAUUCCAAAGUAAAAGUAAAGUAAGAUCGUUCCUUUUUUUAUUGGAACUUAUGGUAUUCUCCCUUUUCAUAUGGAUUUUAAAGAGUUCAAAGCAUAAUGUAUCAUCCAAAUCAAUAUAUAAUAAAAAUAAAUUCCAUAACACUUUCAAUAGAAGAGAUACAAGAGUUUUAUCAGAGAAAGAAGAUCAAUAUAUUAAGAAUCCAAAUCAACCUAAUUAUCCUCAUAGAGACCUUGACGUCUGUAAUUGGGAUGCACCUUAUGAUCGUGAAAAAAAUCCUUGUGCCAUUCCACAAAAAGAUGAACCCAUUGAAGGCAUACAAAUAAUUGAUUAUGUUGAUAAAGAAGAAGAAGAUAAACUUAAACAUGAUGUGAAAUUACAUUUAGCCAAACAACACUAUUCAUUAGUUAAGGAUAUAUAUAAACCUCUACAAGCUUAUGCAAACGCUUUUUCCAAGGCCUUAGAGCAUUAUGCCGAUAGUUUAAAAAGAAUUAACAAAGCAUUAAAUUUAGAUAUUUUACGUACUGUUAUAUGCGCAUUACUCCUUAUACAACCAAUAAUUUUAUUAAUGAAGCUUCACCCUGAAAUUCUUGUUCAUAUACCAAUCAAUAUUAUAAUAUCAAUGAUUGUAUUUAAAUUAAUGUAUAGAUCAAUACGUAACCAACAAGAAUCAAAUGAAUAG